AUGAUAAACCUCUCCCCUCCUGGAGGCGGGGCCGCUAGCUCUCUGAGCAGGAUAAAACCCCUAACGGAGGAGUCCCGUGUGGGCACAGCCUCAGCAUGGCCCUCUGGCUCCUCACUCUCUGCCAGCUCCAUGGCUAACCCUGCGGAUGCAUCGCCAACAGGCUAUGCCAGUGGGCUGGGUCCCCACCGGAGAAAGCGGACCACCUUCAGCAGAGGGCAGCUGUUGGAGUUGGAGCGGGUGUUUGCGGCAUGGCCCUACCCUGACAUUGGCACCCGUGAGCAUCUGGCCCAGGUCACCUGCCUUCCUGAGGCUAAGAUACAGGUGUGGUUCCAGAACCGGCGGGCCAAGAGAAUCAAGAACAGGAAGCCAGGAGGCCUAAGCCCCAGGCCUGAGCCCCCCCAGAGACCCUGUUCUCUUCCAGAUACCCUCCAGCAGCCUCAGGAGCCCCAAAUACUAGGCCAACUUCCACUCUCCAACAGCACACCUCAGUGCACCUCAGGGUGUCAACAUGCCUCCUGUCCAGCUCCUGACUUGGGUCCAGGGCAGGGCCAGGUGGGGGCUAAAGCUGUAGCUCCAUGGGGGUCAGCUGGGGCUUCAGGGGUCCACCUUUCUUCAGAGCAAGUUACUUCUCAGACCUCACUGGGCAGCCUGUCUGACCUUAUCUAUACCUCAGCCAUUGUCACCAACCUGGGCCACUCCUAA